GAGGACGAGCGCGUGUCGCGCUGCGGGAGCCUCCCCCGCCCUCCGUAACCGCCCGGGGAGGGGAGGGGGCCUGGGGGCCCGGCGUGCCGCCAGCGGCUCUGCUCCGCCCGCCUGCGCCGAGCGCGGCCUUGUCCCCGCAGCCCGCGGGAGGGGGCGGCCCGGGCCGGCCUGCUGGGCCCCGCGGCGGGCCGGGGCAAGGCGUGCGGGGCCGCCGCCCUCCUCGGCCUUGCGGGGGGCUCGGGUUUGGCACCCCUCCCCCAGCCCCGCCGCGGGGAGCUGGACUCCAACGGCGGGGGAAUACCAGUCCCCCGGCAGCCGGCACCCUUCGGUGCGGGGGGGGUGGGUGCUAUACGUACAGCUUGGUACGGUUUUUAGGCACAAAUAUAUUGAAAUCGAGUCUACAGUUGUGCGAAAGUCUGCGCUUCUGAUCAGUGCAUGGAAUUUCAAAAGUGAUUAAGUGCAUCCGUUGAUCUUUUCCAUGUAAGUACUAGUUACGUGGAUUUUUAUGGCCACGCGGAACUAAGUAAGCAUCCUUGCCAACUGCCUAGAAGGAAAGAAAUCGCUAUAUAUCAUACAUGAGAAGCUUUAACAUGUUUAUCAGGUCCAUUUAUAAUAACUACUCAGGUACAUUAUAAUAACUACAAGCUGAUGAUUUAAUAUGUUACCUGGAUCAAAAUCAAUUGAAAACAUGCAGGAUUGAUCCAUUCGGGCCAAAGUACAGCUCCUUUCCCCUCCCUUUUCAGAUGGGUUAGGGCAGAAGGACAGUUUGUUACACGUGGAACGUAAAAACACUCUUGAUUCCUUAAGCUUGGUUUAGCCUAGUUUUUUGUUUGGAAAGGAAGCCAGCAAAGGAUAUAUUUCAGUCACUGGUGAAUCUAUGAGACUCCUUAGCACCGUGUACGCGGUGUUAGCCUUAGGAUUUUCAUUAAUAAAAAGAGAUUGGCUGAUGCGUAAAUUGUGUGUGCAGUUUCUAUAGUAUUUUUCUACUUUUGAUUUUACAUGAAGACUUACUUAUGUCGUAGUUUGCUAAAGGUGUUCCUUCUGCUGUUUCCCAAAGUAAUUCAGAAGCACUGGUAUUCCUGACAGGAUGAUAUACUGUCUGCUGUUAAUUUGUUCUGAAUUCCAGAUUUAUAACCUUACCUGGCACAAAUGAAGGAGAUUGGCCACUAGGAUGUGAUCGCCCUGCUGGGAUACAAGAGUUAAUCCAAAUGAAUCUGUAACACCAAAAGGGUCAUUGUUUAUAAUGUAGCUGCAUCUGAAGAAACAUAAAGUGGCUUUCUGUCAUGCUGACUAACAACAUAGGGCAUCACUUAAUGGUAUGCCAAGCAAUGAUUCCAAGAAACCUGAAGCCGUUUCCCUACGUUUGUUGCACCAGAAUGUUGUCAGGUUACAAACCUAAAAGCAACAUCAAGGACUCUUACAAAAUUCUUGAGCUUGAGGAAGGAUGUUCCCUUGACGAUAUCAGAAACUCUUAUCGAAGUCUUGCCAAAAAAUACCAUCCAGACAGUGGUUCUGCCACGGCUGAUUCCGAAGCAUUUAUGAAAGUAGAACAAGCAUACAGAGUCGUGCUCAGUGAUGUGGCAACCAGAAAGAAAUCAAAGGAGAACAAUGAAGAGGAGGAAGAUCCAUUCAAAUUAAAAGCACCACAGCAUAGACACUACUUGAGUUUUGAAGGUGUGGGUUUGGGAACACCAAGCCAAAGAGAAAAGCAAUACAUGCAAUUUCGAGUAGACCGUGCUACUGAGCAAGUGUUGGAGUACCGGAAGCAGAGACUUGAAAGCCAGUAUACUGUGACUGACCUAAUGAAAGCCAAAGAUGUGAAGCAGAGCAAAAAGGUGAAAAUAACUCAGGCAGUUGAACGGUUGGUUGAGGACCUCAUCCAGGAAUCGAUGGCAAAAGGAGACUUUGACAACCUCAGUGGCAAAGGAAAACCUUUGCAGAAAUUUUCAGACUGUCCACAUAUCGACCCUAUGACUCACAAUUUGAACAGGAUUCUGAUAGACAAUGGAUACCAGCCAGAGUGGAUCCUGAUGCAGAAAGAAAUACGGGAAACUAUCGAGCGGUUAAGGAAGAGUAUAGUGGCGUCUAGGUGUAAGCUUGGAGGGCCAAUGACACCAUAUAGGCAAAAGCAAUGGAAUCGUAUUUGUGAGCAAUUUAUAGAAGAUAUCAAGAAAUUAAACAAAAGAAUUGACAACUUCAACUUAGUUGUUCCUAUUCUGAGCAGACAAAUGGUGCACUUCAGUGCAGACAAAGAAAUUGUUCGAGCACAAAAGACUUACGAAGCUUUGAUGGAAAACAGAGAGGCUUCUAAUUCAGACACAAAGGAAAAUGAAGCAGAAAAUGUUAAAAGGUUUGGGUGGAAGUCUUCUCUAUUGAAGUGGUUAAACCUUACACUGAAAUAAGAUAAUACAAAUUCAUCUGUCUUGUCAAGAUUUUGAAUGCACUUUAUUAAUGAAACUUGUAGCACUGGAGAAUUUUCAUGUACACUGAAAAUGUAAAAUUGAGCUUUCCACUGUUACACCAGCUAAAAGGAAUUGGGUUGUUUGAUGUGCAUUUGCAUGUCCUUAAUCAAUUUGUUUGUGAAUAUUGUUAAGAAACUGUGCUGAUUUUGACUGGGGUAGAGAUAAAUUUCAUCAUAGUAGCUAGUGUGGGACUGUGUUUUGGAUUUGUGCUGGAAACAGUGUUCAUAACACAGGGAUAUUUUCGUUACUGCUGAGCAGUGCUUACACAGAGCCAAGGUCUUUUCAGCUUCUCACACUACGCCACCAGCAAGUGGGCUGCGGGUACACAAGAAGUUGGGAGGAGACACAACUGGAAGAGCUGACCCCAGCUGACCAAAGGGAUGUUCCAUGCCGUAUGAUGUCAUGCUCAGCAUAUAAAACUGGGGGAAGAAGAAGGAAGAGGGGGAUGUGCAGAGUUAUAACAUUUUGUCUGCCCAAGUAACAGUUACACAUGAUGAAGCCCAGUUUUCCUGGACAUGGCUGAACACCUGCCUACUGAUGGGAAGCGGUGAAUUAAUUCCUUGUUUUGCUUUUCUUGCGUGCGCGGCUUUUGCUUUACCUAUUAAAUCGUCUUUAUCUCAA